UUUUUUUUGAACAUAAUAACCAAGAAGAAUUGUACCGGCUAUUAGCUGAAAAAUGGAAUGAGGAUUCUGAAAACGUUAAUUUAACGGAUCCCAAAGCAACACGAGAAUAUCUAGCAAACCUCACAUCAAAGUCACUGUCCGAAUUGCUUCGAGAGCCAACAAGACUGCGAGAAGAACAAGCUAAAGUGAAACGUGAAGGACAACAACUUGCCUACAAAGAAUACCCUGCUUUUCUCCACGCUCACACUUGUCGUCAUCAGCUGAAAGAAACCCUUAGUGGUUUAGAUGAUCAUUUGAACGACUUUCUAUCUACGGCAAAUCAACUGCAGGAAGCAUGUAAAGUGUUUACUGAUGAUGCACAGCAAAUUAAAGAUGAACGUGAGAAAAUAUCUAGAGUUUUGGAAGACCAUAACGUGUUGACAGAUUUGUUCGAAAUUCCUCAACUGAUGGAUACUUGUGUUUGGAAUGGCUACUAUUCGGAAGCCAUGGAUUUAGCGUCACAAAUGCGAUUGUUAUACGUACGCUAUCCCUUGCCAAUCAUUAAGAGCAUUCAAGAUCAAGUACAGACAUCCAGUGACCUUAUGCUGAUACAGCUUAUCUCACACCUACGGAAACCGAUUCGUUUGGCAGCUGCUAUGAAUGUCAUUGGGUUCCUACGUCGUAUGGAUAUUUUCAAAUCCGAAAAUGAAAUCCGAAUGAUUUUUUUAAGGUGUCGAGAUGACUAUCUGCUACAGAAGUUAGCAAGAAUAAGAAGAGAUAUUUCAGAUGAUCCACGUCAAAGAAGCACAGAAACAUUUGAAUACCUCAAAAGAUUCAUAGAUGUAAUGAGAGAACAGAUGUUUGAGAUAGGAACGCAGUAUGUCUCUAUUUUUCCGAACGAACAAGGAACGUUACUAUCGGAUUACAUGAUACACAUAGUGGAGCAUAUCAAACACAUCCUUAAAACGCAUUUACAUAUGAUUGAGGAUACAUCUGCUUUAAAUUCUCUUUUGACACAACUUCAGUAUUGUGGCAUGUCUCUUGGUCGUAUUGGCUUGGAUUUCCGACAUAUAUUCGUAGAUUCUUUUGAGGAGGUUAUUCAGCCAAUAAUUAUAAACUUCAUCAAUGCAUCCACCGAUGAAUUUAUUUCCAAAAUCACAAAAGCAACAGAGGAAUUAUCCGUUCCAAACUCUUGGAUGUGUUCCAGAACGAUUACAGCAUCAGCGGGUUCAGUACAAGAACAGGUACAACCCUCGAAUGAAAAAACCCAGGAUGAAGAGGAGGUCAACGAAGAAGGCCAAGGAGAGGGAGGUGCAGAGGCAUCAACCAUGAAGAAACAGACUUUCCAGCCGCCCAUGCUUCUUGUCAACUAUCCGCCAUUGGCCAUCUUUACGAACAAUAUUUUAUCAGCUUUCAAUGCAUUGCGGCUUUUACCAGCUAUCAGUUUAUACGAGCCAAUACAAUGUCAUUUGGAAGAAUGCUUAUCUUAGAUCAUGUUUGACUGAUGGCAUUUAUAAAGAAUAUACUUCUACAUCAGACAAUAUUAUUAGAGGCGUGUGAUGUAAUUUCUCUUGGAAAGAUUCUGCGCCAUUUUUAUUAUUGCUCUUCAAUUGUUAGAAGAC